AUGUCUGGAUCUAAAGACAAUAAUACUAAUCCCUUUCUGGAUGAGGCCCAAGAUACAUCACCAUUUGAAUUUGAAGACAUAAAUUUUGAUGAUUCCAAUGGAGUACCAUCUUCUAGCCAUGCCAAUACUCAGCGUCUCAAUGAUACGACACAUCAAACUACUUUUGAUAAUAGCUCAAUAGAAAAGAAAGAUUUUUCCUUUCAAGAAGAGACAGAAAAUGAUGUACAUUCUUUCGAACCCACUCCAAGAAUAGGUGCUUCAUCUACUGGCGGCUUCGAUGAUAUCGGAUUGGAAAAUGAUGAGCUUGAUACCUCAAAUCCGCAUAAGACAAAUACUAUAAUGAAAAGGCUGCGUAUGGGUACCCAAAGAAAUAAGAUGGGUAAGCCAUCUGUGGGAAGAGCGAAGACUUUAAAAUGGGCAACUAAAAAUUUUGUGAAUCCAUUUGAAGAUGCAAAUAGAGAAGAUACUUUUGAUGAUGGUGGAUUGAUGAACCGUGCCAGUGAAUUAAGAACUAUUUAUUAUAAUAUGCAGUUACCUAAAGAAAUGUUAGAUGAAGAAGGAAAACCAAUUAUGGAAUACCCGAGAAACAAGAUUAGAACAACAAAAUAUACUCCCUUAACAUUCUUACCUAAAAAUAUCAUGUUCCAAUUUCAAAAUUUUGCCAAUGUUUAUUUCUUGAUAUUAAUUAUUUUAGGUGCGUUCCAAAUAUUUGGUGUCACGAAUCCAGGUUUAGCUGCAGUUCCAUUAAUCGUUAUUGUCAUCAUUACUGCAAUUAAAGAUGGUAUAGAGGACUCUAGAAGAACUAUUUUGGAUAUGGAGGUUAAUAAUACCAAGACCCAUAUUUUAGAAGGAAUUGACAACCCAAAUGUCUCAGCUGAUAAUGUCUCUAUGUGGAGAAAAUUCAAAAAAGCUAAUUCUAGACUAUUGAUGAGAUUCAUUAAGUAUUGUCAAAGUCAUUUUACCGAAGAAGGAAGAGAGAAGAGAAGACAACAGAAAAGAAAUCGCAUGCGUACCCAAAGAGCAUCAUUCGACGGUGAUAUGAAUAUGCCUCGUGGCUCAUUGGACUCAAUUGGGAGUUUCAGAGUCUCAGGUGAUUAUGGUAGACCGUCUUUAGAUUAUGAUGCCGUGGGUCAGUCCAUUUCUAGAUCAGAUAAUGUUAAUAUUAUGGAUAGAGCAAUGCCUCCAAGACCUGACUGUAAAUUCUCAAAAGAUUAUUGGAAAAAUAUUAAAGUUGGUGAUGUUGUUCGUAUCCAUAAUAACGAUGAAAUUCCUGCAGAUAUCGUUCUUUUGUCGACUUCUGAUUCUGAUGGUGCUUGUUAUCUAGAAACAAAGAAUUUAGAUGGUGAAUCGAAUUUGAAAGUCCGUCAAUCCUUAAAAUGUAGUCAUACUAUAAGAAGUUCUAGAGAUGUUACCAGAACAAGAUUUUGGUUAGAAAGUGAAGGGCCACAUGCAAAUCUUUAUUCUUAUCAAGGUAAUUUGAAAUGGGUCGACUCUAAAGAUGGGGAUUUGAAAAAUGAACCUGUAACGAUUAAUAAUAUGUUACUUCGUGGUUGUACAUUAAGAAAUACCAAAUGGGCAAUGGGUUUAGUUGUUUUCACUGGUGAUGAUACUAAGAUCAUGUUGAAUUCUGGUGCAACUCCAACUAAAAAAUCAAGAAUUUCAAGAGAAUUAAAUCUUUCUGUCUCCUUAAAUUUCUUAUUACUAUUUAUUGUUUGUUUUGUUUCCGGUAUUAUUAAUGGUGUUAAUUAUGAUAAACAUCCAAGAUCAAGAGAUUUCUUUGAAUUUGGUACGGUAGCUGGUUCAGCAGCAACAAAUGGGUUUGUCUCCUUCUGGGUCGCUGUUAUUCUUUAUCAAUCAUUGGUCCCUAUUUCGUUAUAUAUUUCUGUUGAAAUCAUAAAGACUGCUCAAGCUGCUUUUAUCUAUGGUGAUGUUUUACUUUAUAAUGCUAAGUUAGAUUACCCAUGUACGCCGAAAUCAUGGAAUAUCUCAGAUGAUUUAGGACAAAUCGAAUAUAUAUUUUCAGAUAAGACAGGUACUUUAACUCAAAAUGUAAUGGAAUUCAAGAAAUGUACAAUCAACGGUAUUUCCUACGGUCGUGCAUACACGGAAGCACUUGCUGGUUUGAGGAAAAGACAAGGUAUUGAUGUUGAAGCUGAAGGUCGUCGUGAAAGAGAAGAAAUUGCCAAAGAUAGAGAUAUUAUGAUUAAUGACCUAAGAAGAUUAUCUCAUAAUUCACAAUUUUAUCCUGAUGAUAUUACGUUUGUUUCCAAAGAGUUUGUUCGUGAUCUUCAAGGCGCAAGUGGUGAAAUGCAACAGAAAUGUUGUGAGCAUUUCAUGUUAGCCUUGGCGUUAUGUCAUUCCGUCCUUGUAGAACCAAAUAAGCAUGACUCUAAAAAACUAGACUUGAAAGCCCAAUCCCCAGAUGAAGCUGCGUUAGUUGGUACCGCUAGGGAUGUUGGUUUCAGUUUUGUGGGUAAGACUAAAGAAGGUUUGAUUAUUGAACUUCAAGGUUCUCAAAAAGAAUUCCAGAUCUUAAAUAUCUUAGAGUUUAAUUCUACUAGAAAGAGAAUGAGUUGUAUUGUUAAGAUUCCAGGAACUAACCCUGGUGACGAACCAAGAGCGUUAUUAAUCUGUAAGGGUGCUGAUUCGAUUAUAUAUUCCAGAUUGAGUACUAGAAGUGGUGCCAACAAUGAAACCAUGUUAGAAAAGACUGCAUUACAUUUGGAACAAUAUGCCACUGAAGGGUUGAGAACAUUAUGUCUUGCUCAAAGAGAACUAACCUGGUCCGAAUACGUCGAAUGGAAUGCUAAAUAUGACAUUGCAGCAGCAGCUUUAACAAAUAGAGAAGAACAAUUGGAAAACGUAUCCGAUGAAAUUGAACGCAAUUUGACAUUAAUUGGCGGUACAGCUAUUGAAGAUCGUCUACAAGAUGGUGUUCCAGAUUCUAUCUCAUUAUUAGGUCAAGCUGGUAUAAAAUUAUGGGUCUUGACUGGUGAUAAAGUCGAAACUGCAAUCAAUAUUGGGUUUUCUUGUAAUCUGUUGAAUAAUGAUAUGGAACUGCUGGUGGUGAAAACUACUGGUGACGAUGUUAAAGAGUUUGGUAAUGAUCCUGCUCAAAUUGCAGAGUCAUUAAUUUCGAAAUAUUUACAUGAGAAAUUUGGAUUAAUGGGGUCCGAAAUGGAAUUGGCCGCUGCGAAGAAGGAUCAUGGUCACCCAAAGGGUGACUUCGCUGUCAUUAUUGAUGGUGAAGCUUUGAAAUUGGCGCUUGAUGGGGAAGAGAUUAGAAGAAAGUUUUUGCUUUUAUGUAAAAACUGUAAGGCUGUUUUAUGUUGUAGAGUUUCACCUUCACAAAAGGCUGCUGUUGUGAAAUUGGUCAAGGUGUCAUUGGAUGUUAUGACUCUAGCUAUCGGUGAUGGUUCUAAUGAUGUUGCUAUGAUUCAAUCGGCAGAUGUCGGUAUUGGUAUUGCAGGUGAAGAAGGUCGUCAAGCUGUUAUGUGUUCUGAUUAUGCUAUUGGUCAAUUUAGAUAUUUAACGAGAUUGGUGUUGGUUCAUGGUAGAUGGUCUUACAAAAGAUUAUCUGAGAUGAUUCCUGCAUUUUUCUACAAGAAUGUCAUUUUCACAUUAGCGUUAUUCUGGUAUGGUAUUUACAAUGAUUUUGAUGGUUCCUAUCUAUACGAAUAUACUUUCAUGAUGUUCUAUAAUUUGGCCUUUACUUCAUUACCCGUUAUUUUCAUGGGUAUAAUGGAUCAAGAUACUAAUGAUACAAUUUCUUUAGUUAUGCCCCAGUUAUAUCGUCGUGGUAUUUUAAGAUUAGAUUGGAAUCAAACCAAAUUUUUAUGGUAUAUGUUAGAUGGUCUUUAUCAAUCAUGUAUUUGUUUCUUCUUUCCGUAUGCAAUGUACCAUAGGACUAUGAUUAUUACGCAUAAUGGGUUAGGUCUAGAUCAUCGUUUCUAUGUUGGUGUUAUGGUGGCAACACUUGCAGUUUUAUCAUGUAAUCUUUACAUUUUAUUACAUCAAUAUAGGUGGGAUUGGUUUAGUGGAUUGUUUAUCGCAUUAUCAUGCUUAGUUUUAUUCUUCUGGACAGGUGUUUGGUCAAGUGUGGUACACAGUAAGGAAUUAUUUAAAGCAGCUUCACGUAUUUACAGUACGCCAUCAUUUUGGGCAGUCUUAUUUGUCGGUAUAGUUUAUUGUUUAUUACCAAGAUUUACACUAGAUUGUUUCCAAAAAUUCUUCUAUCCAACUGAUGUUGAAAUUGUUAGAGAAAUGUGGGAACGUGGUGAUUUUGACCACUAUCCUAAAGGUUACGAUCCAACUGAUCCAAAUAGGCCUAAAGUCACUAAAGCUGGUAAAUUUGGAGAGCGUGUCGUUGAUGGUAUCCAGUUAUCGCAGAAUUUCGGUGAAACUAAUCUCUCUCAUGAUUCUAUUGCCACUGAAGAAAUUCCAAUGACAUUAAUGAAUCCAGCUAAUGUAAAUAACACUAACAAUGAUAACCACGAAUGGGCAUCAUCUCCAAGAGAAACUCAAGAUUUACUGUUUUCUCCAAGGUUACAAGAACAACAGCAAGCGACCUUUGGUUCUAAUCAACCAUCCAGCACGCAAAACAAAUCUAGCCUUUCGAAUGUGAGAGGAAGAACUUCGCUAGAUCGUACAAGAGAAGAUAUGUUAGCGAAUAAUGAACUAGAUAAUCGAUAUUCCGUGGAUAAAGCAAGGAUUUCAUUAGACCUUCCUGGGGUAACGCAUGCAUCCUCAUUAGUUCAAGGACGAACUUCAACCACUCGAGAUAUAUAG